GAGUUCUUAUCUGCCAAAUACAAGUGAAAUGGGGCCCUUUUGUUAUGGUUGGCUCUCCCCUCCUCACUCCUAUAAACAUCAACUAGUUUCUCCCACUUCUCUUUUCAUGGUUUCAACACUUAUUAUUCUCCAAGCUUCUUCCUCUUUCACUUCAUUUUGCUGAGGCUUGUUGAGCCCACCGAGUUCAGAUUCGCCAUUUGUGAACAUUUAGCGUAGUUUGAAAAGGGAAAGAUGGACUAUGUUUAUGGACCUGGAAGGAACCAUCUUUUUGUGCCGGGGCCGGUUAAUAUCCCCGAACAAGUCCUUCGAGCAAUGAACCGGAACAAUGAGGACUAUCGUUCUCCAGCUGUUCCAGCACUGACAAAAACUCUGCUUGAGGAUGUCAAAAAGAUAUUCAAAACCACAUCAGGCACUCCAUUUUUGUUCCCUACCACAGGUACUGGUGCAUGGGAGAGUGCUCUCACAAACACAUUGUCUCCGGGAGAUCGGAUCGUGUCGUUCCUUAUUGGUCAAUUCAGUUUGCUUUGGAUUGAUCAACAGCAGCGUCUGAAUUUCAAAGUCGACGUGAUUGAAAGUGAUUGGGGUGAAGGUGCUAAGCUUGAUGUUUUAGCUGCAAAGCUUGCAGCUGAUACUGAUCAUACUAUAAAGGCAGUUUGCAUUGUUCAUAAUGAGACAGCAACUGGUGUGACUAAUGAUUUGUCUCUAGUAAGAAGAAUACUAGAUGAAUAUAGGCAUCCAGCUCUUUUUCUCGUGGAUGGAGUGUCUUCGAUAUGUGCUCUUGAUUUUCGCAUGGAUGAUUGGGGAGUAGAUGUGGCUUUAACUGGCUCUCAAAAAGCUCUUUCCCUUCCCACUGGAAUCGGUAUUGUUUGCGCCAGCCCCCGAGCACUCGAGGCAUCUAAAACAGCAAAAUCACUCAGAGUUUUCUUUGACUGGAAGGACUAUCUCAAGUUCUAUAACUUGGGAACAUACUGGCCUUACACUCCUUCCAUCCAACUCUUAUAUGGGCUUAGAGCAGCUUUGGAUCUUGUAUUUGAGGAAGGCCUUGAAAAUGUGAUUGCGAGACAUAAACGUUUAGGCCAAGCGACAAGGCUUGCUGUGGAGGCAUGGGGUUUGAAGAACUGCACACAAAAGGAGGAAUGGCACAGUGACACUGUGACUGCUGUUCUUGUUCCUCCAUACAUUGACAGUUCAGAAAUUGUUAGAAGGGCUUGGAAGAGAUACAAUUUGAGUUUAGGUCUUGGCCUCAACAAAGUUGCUGGUAAAGUCUUCAGAAUUGGCCACCUUGGCCACCUAAACGAGUUGCAACUGUUGGGUUGUCUUGCUGGUGUGGAGAUGAUUCUGAAGGAUGUUGGUUAUCCAGUGAAGCUUGGAAGUGGUGUUGCAGCAGCUUCUUCAUAUUUUCAGAACAACAUCCCUCUCAUUCCUUCUCGGAUUUGAUAUUCGGUUCGAAACCGUGAUCCGUUCUCAUGCAUUUGCUUUCGUCUACUUUGUAAAGAAAGAACUGUAUUGUAAUAUUUGUUGUCUACUUUAACUCCAUGAAAGCGUUCAUCAGAAUGAAUGUUUGGCUUGGCUGGCUAUGUAUUGAGAAACUUCAUAAAUCCGUUAUUACAAACACUUUCAAAUGUAAUUCCAAUUUGCAUAACACAA